UUGAUCGAUUAGUUUAGCCUAGACCGAAAAACCUAGAUCUGAGAGAAGGAGAGGAGCAGGAUAGACUAAUAUAAAUAAAUAGCAAAUAAUCCGUGCAAUAUUCCAAUUACACAGACGUAUUCACAAAUUUUGGGUCAUGGAGUUGUCCGAAAUACUGUACAAUAAAGCGGAAUACAUCGAAACGGCUUCUGGCAAUAAAGUGAGCAGACAGUCGGUGCUAUGUGGCAGUCAAAACAUCGUCCUUAACGGGAAAGCAAUUGUUAUGAAUGACUGCAUUAUCAGAGGCGAUCUUGCAAACGUCCGGGUCGGCAGACACUGUGUUGUGAAAAGCAGAAGCGUGAUACGACCACCUUUUAAAAAAUUCAGCAAAGGGGUGGCAUUCUUUCCCCUGCACAUUGGGGACCAUGUCUUUAUUGAAGAAGACUGUGUGGUGAAUGCAGCACAGAUUGGGUCAUAUGUUCACAUUGGAAAGAACUGUGUUAUAGGUCGUCGCUGUGUGCUCAAAGAUUGUUGCAAGAUUUUAGACAAUACUGUACUACCACCAGAGACCGUGGUUCCCCCAUUCACUGUCUUCUCUGGAUGUCCUGGUUUGUUUUCAGGGGAAUUACCAGAGUGUACGCAGGACUUGAUGAUCGAUGUGACUAAGAGUUAUUACCAGAAGUUUCUGCCUCUCAGUCAGAUCUGAGUGACACUUGUGCACAUCCUCCUCAAACCAUAGAGCUCCACAGCGUAAAGUUAACAGGAGGUACAAAAAUAUCGACCGACGAACUCAUAAGGUAUCAGCUGAAAAGCUUACUAUUGAAGGAUAUCCAGCUAAGAGCAUCUUGUAAUUUGAUAAUGGACCAAACAUUAUAAAUAGGCUUGUUUUCUUAUUUAUUAUCUUGCUCAUCUUUCACUACUGCGUCGCUCCAUGCAGUGUGUCACAUUGAUAGUGCAUUGUUUUGUUAAAUGUGCUAGAAAUGUGAAAUAAACAGAACCCUCAUUGUCA